AUGUCGGUGCACUUAUUGUUUUCUCAUAUGAUGCUGCAAAUGGUGCAAUUGCAUCGCAAAAUAAGAUGCCUUGAGUCCUCAACAAUACUGCGAAACAAGCAAUUCUGUAAUGGCCCUUCAGUCAACAGAUUUUCAGCCAAGGAUGAGUCAGUUUCAAUGAUUACUUCAUGUAAUCCUUUCUCUAGCACAAUCGUCAAUCCUCUGUACAUGCCCUAUAUCUCAACUUCCAAGCUUGAGCAAGAGUCAAGCUUUCCAAAAUACCCGCUUAGCCAAAUUCCUGUUUCAUCUCUAAAAACUCCCCCAAAUCCACCUUCUUCUCGGUCUCCUCUGGCCCUUCCAUCGAUAUGCCAAAUUGUAACAGCAAACAUUAAACUCCAGCUUGGGUUCAUGCUUUUCGGAACCCAGGAUCCUUGCUCCUACCUAACAAGCCUAGUGGAAGCAUUCAACACCAGAAAUCUGGACAACCUCAAUCGCAACUUUGGAGGCAUUGAAGGUGUUGUUUCACGAUUCAACUCAAAUGAAUCCACUGGAAUUCAUGGAGACACUCAAGACUUGUCUCUCCGACGCCGCACCUAUGGUCCCAACACAUACCCACAGAUCCCAAAAAGAAGCAUUUCUCAACUGAUGCUGGCAGAGCUCAACCACACCGUCAGACUCACCCAACUGAUUUGUGUACUGGUUUAUAUUAUUGUCUUCAGUUUCAAACUACACGGGCUUGGUGAUGAUGGACUAGUCUUUUAUCGGGUAAAGGUGUUUUUCAUUGUCUAUUUACCUCUUACGUUCCAAUCUUUAUUCUUCAGAUCAAUACAAAUACACGAUGCGUGUAAACACAUCGAACAGUUAUUGCAAAUUUGCAACACCGCCAAUAUCCAGAGUGAAGUCAUAAGAAAUGGAAACGUCCAACGGGUUCCGUGCCCGGAAAUUGUUGUCGGAGAUGUGGUGGUAUUGGAGGCUGGGGACGUGGUUCCGGCUGAUGGGUUGUUUUUGGUUGGUUCUGAUUGCUUUCAAGUUUAUGAAUCAAAGGUUGGGAGGAUGAGUGUGAGUCGACACCAAAAUCCAUUCUUGAUUGUUGGGGGCAAGGUGAUUCGUGGGUAUGCUGGAAUGCUUGUGAUUUCAGUGGGAAUCAACACAACAUGGGGCAACCCUUUUCGAUUAGUUACAAAAAACCCUGUUGGAUUAUCCCUCUUCCGGGUUCGGGGUAUUAAGAUCAACGAUUUUUUAGACAAAAUUUUUCCUGCAGCAGCUUUUUUCGUGGUACUCUUCACCAACGCUUAAUAUAAACUAAUGUUAAUGUGUCAUGUAAAGUGAUAAAUAAUAAUGUGAUAUUCGAAUGAGAUGGUCGUUCUAGCACUUUUUUAAUCAAAUAAGGUGUUAUGAUAUCUCUGUGUCAGUUUGUUACAGUUUUUGAAUUCAAAUUGGGCCAUAUAACAUUAUCUUAUAUAUCUAAAUAAUGAUGUUCCAAUCCUAGACCUUUGUUGUUGAUGUAAUUCAAUUGUAUUACUUGUACCGUUUAAUUCAUCAAUAUAUUUUUAUUUUGCCGAUAAA